AUGCCUCAAUCCCCUUCACCUCGACUGCGUCAUUACAGGACGAUGACCGCGAUAUGUUUCGUGUGCAACCUGCCGAUAUUGUCCCACCAAGUUGGCCUGGUAUGGGCCGGCGGGAACGGCUGGGACGAACUAACGCGCUCCACCUUAGAAGAGUCCACACUGAGGCAACGCCUAGGCAGUCGCAGAGACUCAGCGGCGCAAGUCUCUUGCCUUUCACCGCCCGAACCGGAUGUUGCCGAUCAGCCACGAGGAGGCCCUCGUCGUCGCCGGUCUUCACUGGCCCAACUGACCGAUAUACUGCGAGAAUGGGGUGGCGGCGGCAGUCAACCGCGCCGCCAGCGAGCGCCGCUGUCACGUCGCGAAACGCUAGCAGACCUGGCGCGCUCGCUGCCUUGGGCCCGCCAUGAGCCGCCCCCACGCCGCCGGCGAGAUUCCUCCGCCGACUCCGGCAUAAAGUCGAUGGCUUCCAAGCGGCGCGAUUCGAAGGCCGCGCCGCAAGACUUCCGCGCAGAUUUCCCAACGUGGGAUCGAAAAGAUUCGACAACGGUGAUGCCGUCGCGAGACCGCCGCUUUAAAAGGCGCAGCUCUGGUGACGAUAAGGACCGCAGAGAUUCAGUAGACGGCCAUCGCCACCAUAGACGUGAUUCUGUAGUUGCCCCGCCACCGCGAAUAAUUGCUGCUCAUAAGAAAAGAAGAGCUUCACCGCCAACCCCGGCGCCGCCGUCGUUUGUGGACGCUUCGUCUGACCCCGGACCAUCAACACAACCCCCGGCCGUAACCAUUGUAGCAGUGCAUGAACCGAGUCGAUCUGAUGGUGAAUACCAACCUAUGACAAUGCCAACGAUAAUAACGUCUGCAGUGACCCCUUCGCCGACAUCGCCGACCACACCUAGUACUAGUACUAUACAAACAACUCAAGCGUCUCAAAUGACGCCAGCGACUACUCAAGGAACACAAGUCACACCAAGUGGGAAGUCACCUCCAAACAUGGGUGGCCGCAGAGAUUCGACCACUCAAUGUGGACGAGCCCGUAGGGAUUCUCGGGCGGCUGCUAGCCCCGAACGGAGACUUGGACGAUUACAAAGGCAAGCUACCGCUUUCGACGACCCCACUGGACCGCCGGGAACCAGGCGUCGCGACUCCGGUCCCUCUUUAGGGCCUGAUGAUGAAGGACGUGCUAGGAGGGACUCUUUGAGUCCCGAUUCUGCAGCGCGACCACGGCGUGAACGGAACCAGCUGAGCCCGGAUCGCGCAGGAGGCGGGGAACUGAGCCCAUCAGCGGCGAGACGCAGGAGCCGAUUGAGGAGGCAAGCUUCCUGCGCUCGCAUGGGUCGCGCCCGCAGUCCGGAAUCGAGCUCGUGUUCAAGCCGAGACCCUAGUCCAUGCGCACGUCCUCCCGAACGGACGAUAUUCCGACGGCAGUCGACCACGGAGGAAAUACUUAUAGCACGUGGCUUUCGCCGCCAGUCUACCACCGAGGAAAUGAUACGCUGUCGCAAUUUCAGACGGCAAAGCUCUCAAAGCGACGACGCUUGUAUGCGUGCGAGAGGCCGCCGGGACUCUUCAACCCAAAUAUUGGACGGCACCAUCGGCACCAUGACCGUUGAGACUACGAGCACAUUCUUCGACUCCAGCACACAGACAGAACCAUCCCCGCUGUAUGAUAACAACCAUUACCACGAGGAAUGUCUCCGUUGCAACUCCUGUGGACUGAAUCUUACUGGACCAAAUCAGAAACGCGCUCGCCGCUUCAAGAAUCAGAUCUUGUGCGACUUGCACUUCGCUGACGUGGCGCUCAUGGAGUGCAGUGACUUUAUGCAACAACUGCGCAGCUUCAAACCGCAGUCGCUGGGCUGCGCUGUCGCCCGACGGAAAUCGUCCACCACCCUCAUAUUCCCACUGCCACCGCAGGCCUGUUCAGACGAAUUCUGCGAAGAGUACCCGCAUAGCCUCAUCCCCACGCCAGGCUACUGGAUCGAGUGCUCGCGCCAGAAGAUCGCUACUGACACCAUCUGGGAUGAGUCGGAAUCGGAACAUGAUAGCGGACCAGAUCAAAACAAUGAAGCAGAUCGGCGCAGAAGAUCCGGAUCUUUGGACGAAGCGGCCGAAGACAGCAGUGAUAAUGGCGGCAGCACACCGAAAAAGAAAAGUGCGAUCGAAGAGCAGUGGGAGAGGUCGGGUGGCUUCGAACUCACCUCCGUGGAGCAGGAGACAUAUGAAAAGUACUUCUAUGGUACCGAACAUUGGAACUACUUCACCAACGAUGAGGACCUUGGCCCUGUGAUAUUAUCCAUAAAGCAGGAGACUCUAAACUCGCGCGACCAGUUCAGAAUCCUAGUUCGGGCCAUAAGCUACACGGUGCACGGUUUGAUCCCCGCGUCGUGCGUUUUCGCUGAUCGUUACAACCGCGAAGAAGUGGUGCGAUCGCUGGGCAAGGAAGUCAACAUCAACCCGCCGCUGAUGCUUGGACAACUGCCAGACACGCCGGAGGAAUUGCUGAAGUUAGACCAAGUUUUCAUAAAAUCAGAACUUAAGGUUGGAGUUAUUUACGUCAAAGAAAACCAGUAUACUGAGGAAGAAAUAUUGGACAACAAUGAGAACUCGCCAAUGUUCGAAGAAUUUCUGCAAGUGAUGGGCGAAAAAGUUCGCUUAAAAGGUUUCGACAAAUAUAAAGGUGGCUUAGACACAGUACAUGACCUCACUGGCUUGUACUCGGUGUACACCAACUGGAGAGGCAUCGAAAUUAUGUUCCACGUGUCCACACUGCUGCCUUACGAGCGCCACGAUCCACAGAAACUUCAGAGGAAACGUCAUAUAGGGAACGAUAUUGUAUGCGUCGUUUUCCUAGAGGCUGACAACACUGCCUUCUCCCCGGCUUGCAUUAAGAGCCACUUUCUACAUACCUUUAUAUUGGUCAGAGUAUCCGCAAAAAUCAAGAGGCGCCCAACGCGUUAUGAAGUGUCUGUUGUAACCCGAGACGAGGUCGGCGCCUACAAGCCCUAUUUGUGGGAGCAGAGUGUGUUUGACAAGGGCCCUAUGUUCAGAGAAUGGCUUCUAACGAAAAUUGUGAAUGGCGAACGCGCUUCGUACUCCGCUCCCAAAUUUGCGAGGAUGCAGGAAAGGACUCGAAGUCAGAUGCUGGAGGACAUUGUGGCCAAUUUGCAGAAUCACGCUGAAACCGGACAAAUACCAAAACCAUAUAGAAGAGGAUCAUGGCGGCCGAUAGGUCAUAUGCGACCCUCGUCCCCUCUCCUCGACUCGGUUAGGGACCAGUUCGAGGACUACGACCAACUGGCGAAAGACUUCACCCGCGUGUUCCUCAACAACGAGCUGAACAUCGCGCAGAACGCCCAACUCUUCGACGUCGUCUUCCUUGUAGGCCAAUCCAAACAGAAGACCAAGUUCAUCGGUGUUCGUGCGAUAUUGGGUGUAAGAAGUCGGGUGUUCCAGGAGAUGUUGUACGGUAUCCAAACAGGGUUUGGUUCGCCACAAGUACCAGUUGCUGAGCUUCUAGCAAGACCUGCACCCACCCUGCUGUCUCCAACGCCCGCUCGACAGAAGAGCAGCAACUUCUUGCAAGUUCCGGAUAUAGAAUCGCCCAGGCCAAAAAGCGUGCCGAGUUCGCCGAUGGUGAAGCGAGCGUUCUCCCGCCUGGGCACCAUUACCGCCGGCUGGGGGCGUUCCAUCCGCAAACAGCACUCUCAGCUCAACGCCGACGACAAAAAGAAGUGGGCCAGCUCACAAGAUUGCUCCAAUAAAGAAAGUAAGGAUAAAGAAAAAGAAAAGAAUGCAGCGCUAGCGGUGCCAAGACUCUCGGUAUGCGCUGACGCGCAAAAAGUCGAUCGAGCCAAGCUUGCGCAGACUGAGUUUUCAAUAAUUGAAUUCGAUCCGGAAACUUUCCGUAUACUGUUGGACUAUCUGCAUACUGGCAGUUGUCCCCUUACUUGCGCAUCUAUACCAGGACUUAUCUGCGCAGCGGAACAUUAUGACUUGCCGGAACUUCUGCAAGCUUGCUUCCACCAUGCGAAACAAUUUCUUAGGAUAGAAGUGGUGUGCACGAUGUUGAUAUCUUUGGAGAACUAUUACUGGCGUUAUACAUCAGCCUCGGAGUUGGUCAAUAUGAUUCUGGCUUUCAUUGAACAGAGAGCUUACGCUUUGUUCCAAACAGCCGAAUUCCUCAAUCUAUCCGAGUCAAUGGUGCAAAUGAUCAUGUGCCGAAACCUAGAGGUGCCAGAGGUCAGGAAAUUCGAAGCGAUGCUGAGUUGGGCGCGCAACAAAAUCAAAUCGAAAUCUGCUAAUAAGACUGACGCCAAAAAUGAAUUUAAAACCAUUAUGGAGAGAUUAGCUAGAGAUCUUAAGCUAUAUAGGAUUUCGCCGCAGGAACUUAUAAAGGUGGUACUCCCUUCGAAGGCCAUCAAGAACGAACGCAUCCUGGAGACGUUGAUGUACCAAGCGAAUUCGGGGAUGUACAGGAUCCAGGACAGCUAUAUUGAGGCUUGCCAACAGCGACUUCAAAAGCAGGACUCUAGAUUCUCCGAAUUUGAGAGUUUUGACUACGGCAUU